GGAAGGCUUUGGGUGUGACGUCCUAGAUGUAUUCAUGUAGUUGUGUGUUAAUUGUAACCCUUACAGACUCUUAAUCGUUAAAUUCGUUUUGAAGUCGAGUUUGUCGUCUAACAGAUUGCAGCCGGUGACGUGACCACGUCAUGAGAGGAAGGAAGCGUGUUGAGAAUGUCGGGGAUUUGGUGGCCGAGGCGCGCCGUGUUUAUCAACAAAACUUCGUCGAAGAUCCAGAAGUAGCGGUGUGCGCUCCGGGUCGCGUCAAUCUAAUCGGAGAGCACACCGAUUAUAACCAAGGAUAUGUUCUGCCCAUGGCUUUGCACCUGUCGACAGUAAUGGUGGGCAGCAGAACCUCUGGCCAGAGCUGUUCUGUUGUAACCAUUGCAGAAUCUGCAGAUGAGCCAAAGAAAGUGGACUUUGAUAUACCAUCUGAGAGCAUACCUCUGGCAGGAGGACAGCCCAUGUGGGCCAAUUAUGUUAAAGGAGUAGUACAACACUACAGAGCUAAGCCCCUGCCUGCAUUUAAAGCUGUAAUAGCCAGCAGUGUGCCACUCGGGGGUGGACUAUCCAGCUCAGCUUCACUUGAAGUGGCAGUGUACACCUUCCUCCAGCAGCUGUGUCCAGAUGAUGGGGAUAAGGUCGCAAAGGCACUGGCAUGCCAGAAGGCAGAGCAUACUCAUGCUGGAGUGCCCUGUGGUAUUAUGGAUCAGUUUAUUUCAGUUCUAGGCAAAGAAGGCCAUGCAUUGCUUAUUGACUGCAGAUCAUUGGAGGCCACUGCUGUCCCCUUGGUUGAUCCUGGUCUGGUCAUUCUUAUUACAAAUUCCAAUGUGAAGCAUGCACUGACAGGAAGUGAGUAUCCCAGCAGGCGAAAACAAUGUGAGGAGGCAGCAGCCGUUAUGGGCAAGAGCAGUCUAAGAGAUGCCACUAUGCAAGAUUUGGAGGAUGCCAAAGACUGCCUAGACAGUGUAACCUAUAGGCGAGUAUGCCACGUGAUUAAUGAGAUUGAACGUACAGCAAAGGCAGCUGAGGCUCUUAAAAGAGGAGAUUAUGAAGAGUUUGGAAAGCUAAUGGUGGAGAGUCACAAUUCACUUAGAGAUCUUUAUGAAGUGAGCUGUCCAGAGCUAGAUGUGCUGGUACUUGCAGCAAUGGAGGUUGAUGGAGUCUUUGGUAGUCGGAUGACAGGUGGAGGAUUUGGUGGAUGUACAGUUUCACUGCUUCGGGCUGAUGCCACUGAGAGAACUAUGAAGCAUAUAAAGGAGCGAUAUAGUGGCUGCCCAACUUUUUACAUAACUACCCCAUCGGAUGGAGCUCGCGUCCUCAGUGUAUUUGAGGAGAAUCAACAAUGAAGGCAAAGGGCCAUUUCAACAUUUAGGCAUGUGAUUAUGCAAUGAUAUCUCUUAAUCAGCGAAUAUUCCACAUUAAAGUCCUGAUUACUGUUCCAAAAUGUAGGAAAAGCCUUCCAAAAAGGGUGGACAUUAUUAAGAAAAGAUAAAACAUUUUGUGUAUUUCAAAGUCCGAUUAAAGCAAUGCAGACUGCAAAACACUCUGCAAAAACAUGGGGAGCUGUCACAUCUUUUUACUUAACAAAUAAUCUGAAUAAAAAAAAACCCAUCAAACUCA